UUGGCGUUUGCAGGGGACUGGGCUGUUGCAGCGGUGUGAAAGAAAUCUCGCAAGACAGAUACGGUGGAGUGAUCGUGGACCGGUUUAGCUGUGCCCUCGAGAUGCGGUGAUGGCCCUGCUGUACAGAUUCGCGCAGCUGCCUGACAGCAGUGGCACGCGGGUCUUCUCGUUCGUCGUCACCAGGAGCGUGAUACGGGACCCUGAGAGAGACGUCACCAGCAAGGAGCUCAUCUGCGGCUUCCAGCGAUGGUCCGUCGCCUUCUCCCGUGGAAACAAGGUUCUAGGUGCGUAUCUAGUAUGGCGCGGUGCAUCGAGAAACCUACGGGUCUACGUGGACUUCACGUUCACGCUGCUGAAUCGGGAGCACUUCUCGAUGAACGAGGGUUUCUCCGGCAAGCGGGUGAAGUUCACGUACGAGGCGCCGGCCCAGGGCAACCGGAACUACAUCCCGGUCUCGGACCUGUACAACCGGAACUUCGCCGACACGAACGGCGAGUUUCAGCUGGAGCUGUCGAUGGCGAACGUGAGGACCGUCUACAUGACCGACCUCAAGAUGCCCAGCAGCACGUUCUCCGCGGGACAAUCGAAGCCUAACAAGCUGGAAACCGAUUACUUUCCGUUCGGUGGCUUCGACUGGAACCUGGUCAUCUAUCCGCACGGCAACAAGGAGCUGGAGGGUUAUCGCGGCGGGCACGACGCCGGCAUCAGCGUCUACCUGAUGAGAAUGAGCGGCUUCGACCAUCGGUGCCGAGUGAGAUACAGCGUGGCGUUGGGCGAGGGUGAUCGGAGGAUCGAUUCCGGCCAGCUCGAGGACCUGUCCGACGCGGAGCGAUGCGGCUUCGGCUGGCACACGCGGGUCAGGUGGUCGGAAAUCGCGCACAAAGGCGUGCUACGGGUCUCACUCGAGAUGGUGGAAGCUAGGACCAUCUGCGAAGUGGCGGUGCAGGCACGAGGGCCGUCGGUCCUCCCGGCGACGCCCUGUUACGAUCGCGACAACCAAGCCUGGAUGAUUCGCGCCGAUUUGCACUCGGACACCGUCAGGCUGCAUCUCGUCUACAAGGACAUUCACAACGUUCCGCGGAAUCAUUUGAGGUACGUGAGCUGGUCGGCGUAUCUGCUCCGGGACGAGGAGCCGAUCAGCCUGCCGGGUGGUCCGUUCAGUCGCUACUACGCGCAAGAGUCCACCGACGAGGGUAUCAUCAUGGAGACGAAUCUGGAUACGAACGAGGUGAAGGAGAAUCAUUGCCCGUUCCUCACGGACAAGGGGCAGCUGAGGAUCCGGCUGGAGUGGAACGAGAGCCACCUACUGUUCCAGGCGACCUACCACAAGUACGACGACGUGUGCCGCAUCCACAAUCAGCAGAUGAGACGGGAGAUCGCCUCGCUGCAAGCGGAGAACUACAGCCUGGAGAAGCAGCUGUUCAGCUACCAAAAGAGCCUGGCGUACACGCAGGCGCAGCAGCAGCAGCAACAACAACAGCAGCAGCAGCAACAACAUCAACAGCAGCAGCAGCAGCAACCGCAGCCACCGCACCAGAAUCAGCAACAUCACGGUGGUCAUCAGGCUCACCUGGAGAGAUCCGCGUCGACGGACACCGAAUAUGCCUGA